AUGAAGGGAGUCAGCGCAGCUACCGUACUACCAUUGCUGAUGAAAGCAUUCUCUACUAUAUGGGAAUAUCCGUCGCAGCAGUGCCACAAUAAAAGCGUAUAUGGAGAAAAGUACAAAAUAGAUUUCAAGAAGUACAACAUCACGACAAAUACAAAGUUCACAUUUAAUGGAGACAAAAUCGUGAUAUUUUAUGAAACAAACUUUGGAUUAUAUCCAUACUACAAAAACUACAAUAUGGAUCAUCCGGUUAACGGUGGCAUACCUCAGCAAUGCAAUUUAACAGCGCAUCUGGAAAAGGCAGAAAAAGAUAUCAAUAUGAGCAUACCUGAUGAAAACUUCAGCGGUUAUGCCAUAAUCGAUUUUGAAAAAUGGCGCCCUCUGUUUUCUGAGAAUGACUGGAUGAAGAAGAGAGUAGGAAUUUGUAGCGUCACCGCGUUCAGAACGCUUUUCAGACGAUUCUUUCUUAAAACGAUUGAACUUGGCAAACGUAUAAGAAAGAAUGCAAAGUGGGGAUUUUAUGGCUUCCCGUAUUGCAACUACGACGCAGGGAAUGGAACAUAUCAGUGUCAAGACAAAUAUAAGAAAUGGAAUGACGAAAUGAAGUUCAUAUUCAAUGCAAGCCAAGCUUUAUUUCCGUCUAUAUACUUGAGCAACAAUACCAAGCAAAAACCAAGACAGCGGUUUUUUUACACGCAGGUAAGGCCGUGCUAAUG